GCUGCAGGUAUGAUUGAAAGUUUGACAACACCGACGUUGAUGCGUCUGUGAUUUAUUAGUGAUCGCUCAGGUGUGCACGUGCAUGUAGGUGAACGCUCGCGGCAUGACGUCACACAGCUCAGUUCCUUUCUGCUUUGAUGUCACAGUACGUGCCUUUGAUCUUGCAGCACGUGACCUCCACUCGAGUCUAUAAAUAGGGGUGAAACAGCGGGACCUAAGAAAUAAGUAUGGCUCUCAUGAGGUGGAGUACAGACAGAGAGAUAAGUAAAGAUGACCAGGACUGUCACAUAGAACUGCAACCCGUGGAGGAAAAAGAAAGCGAUGAAUUUGCAGAAGCUGAGGAGAAAGCUCAAAGUGAUGUUGAAACAAUCCUCAACAAUCUGAAUUAUUUACAUGAUGAAGAUGAUGCAGAUAAAGCUGCAGUUGACAUUGUAAAUGUGUUAAUUGCAAACAUUCAGUAUCCUGAUGCAGAAGAUAUCACAUUAAGUGAGAAGUGUAGCUCACCCAAGCCUGCUUUUGACGUGGACCUGGUGAUCAAAAAGGUGAAAGACUUUUUUGCAUCAUGCGCCCUAAUUAUAAAACCAGAUGAAGUAAAACAACACUUCUUCAGGUUUGCUAAAAAGGAAUUUGAAAAAAUGAACAGUGAGCUGAAAGAUCAGGUGAAGAAAAGCAAAGGAUUUUUGACCUUUCAGAGACAACAGGCAAACUCCCCUGAGAGUGAGAGAGCUGACUCCAGGAAAAGCGAACACAUGAAUCCCUCAGAAGUUCCCAGAAAAUCACCAACCUUAGAAACCACAGUUAAAAGUUCUUCCGCGCUCAAAUUUACAACAGUCGUGCCGGUUCUGAAUAAACUGUUUAGUAAAUUAACCCAGGCAGGACACCUUGACCUGACAAGUAAGGAAAUCAAGAUGUUUUCAAGGGAGUUGACAGAAAAUGUGUACGACCAUGUCCAGUCAACAUAUCCAGCCCCCACGAUGCAAAUGGGUAAAAGUCUCUCAGAGUCUGACUUCUCUAAGACUUCACAGGGUAACUGUAACGUACCCUCUGCUCCUGAGGUGCCAUAUGUGCUCGUAGAAGAUUCAGUGGAAAGGUUCUUACAAAACCUUCUUUUCUGGUUGGAGAAUGAAACUUUAACCCAAACUAUUAUAAAUGACAAAAUUUCUGGUGCCGUGGAAGAUAUAGUAAGAGUGCUGACCCCAUCAAAGGAAGAAAUUAUGAUUGGACCAGAUGCUGGUGAAACAAGCGACAGACUGUUUAUAUCACACUCAAGUCCAGUUACUGAUCUCACCAAUCAACCAGUCUGUGUGAGUGCAGAAGACCCGGACCUGGAUUCAAAUACAAGCAGUGAUCAGGCAUCAAUCUCUGACACUGACCCCACAGAGGGUCAAAGUCAGCCAGCAACCCCUGAAAACCCAGAGGAAGAGCUGUCAGAAACAUCAGUGUCAAGUCAGGCUAAGCCCAUUGCCGGUCGAUUUGGUCUUUUUCUAGCCGUAGAAAUCGCAUAUAAUUUGCACAGAAAUGCCAGAAAUCUUCUGAAUACAGAACAAUUAGAGUUAGUUAUCAACCAUCUGACAGAUUUGGUACUUUCUGAAAUGAGAUACACCGAAUCCCUGGAAACUGUUAAUAAUAACAUGAAAAAAUUAGUCAAGCCCACAGCUAAAGGCCUUAUCGAGGAGUUUGGAUCUGCAGAGAAGUUCUUCAAUAUAAUGAUGUCAGAAGAUUCAUCUUUUGACGACACUAUUCUGAUGCACAUAGCAAUGAAUCUCGGUGUCUUCAUGAAUACUCCAAAGAAAUCCAAACUUGCCAGGUUUUUUUCAGCAGUGUUAAAAGCUUUGAAGAAGCCGUUCAGCUGCUGCUUUAAAGGCAGUACUGAUGACUAAAUUGUCACCUUGAUUUUUUUUCAAAUACCUUUUUUCAAAUCUUAAAGCAGUCUGGCCUCAGAGUUAACAUCUGAGGUAUAUUUUAUUUUAAAACUAUUUCAUUCGACUUUAAUUAGACUGAGAAAUAUUCUUCAUCGUGUCUCCUCGUAUUAUCGUUACCAUCACCCCCCACCGGCCGAGGCAGAUGGCCGUCCCUUCUGAGCCUGGUUCUGCCGGAGGUUUCUGCCUGUUACAGGUAGUUUUUCCUCCCCACUGUCGCCAAGUGCUUGCUCAUAAGGGAUUAUUAAUUAAUUGGGGUUUUCUUGCUGCUACUGUAGGGUCUCUAUCUUACAGUAUAAAGCAACUUGAGGAGACGGUUGUGAUUCGAUGCUAUAUUACAAAUAUUAAAUUCAGCUGAAUCUUAAAAACAUGUAAUAUAGCAUCACAUCACCAUCAAAUCAAGAACUGAAAAAUAAAACAAAAUAAAAAUAAAAACCUACAUUGAAAACUGUUUGUGAUUUGUCUUGUGCUUUCAAAAUAUAUUGUCAAAUAUGAAAAGCUGCAUUUAUAUGCUCUGGUCAUUAGUGCUGGUAUUUUAAUGUAAGCAAACACAAGGAACAUACACCGAUGUGUAAGUACUACAGAUGAAGAUGCAAAGAAACCAUGAAAUAAUUAAUGAAAUAGUGAAGUUUAUGAAUAAAAUAAACAACUGUAGCACCGUCUCAGUCUCGUCGAAUCGCCCCUCUGCCUCUUCCAUUCUAGCAUCAACUCUUCUUAACCCUCGUCUAAUAUGUGCAUAUUGUUUGUUGUUGUGUUUCCUAAAGUCACGAAGCUCUUUCGGGAUGUUCAGGAGGCUGGGCUCAUCUGCAUCCAUGCCCUCUGUGGCUAACCUUAGCUCGGGAGAGUAGCUCCUAUCCACGUGGCUUUUCUCUGUCUGCUCUUCUGUCUGAGUUGUGCCUCUCAAACUUCUUGUGACUACCCCCGUUUCCAUAUUUAAAAGCAAUCUCACCUAUUGUCAGAAAGAUUACCGUAUCUUAUUAUAAGAGAAAUUUCUCCCACUUCCUGGUGUCUGGAGUCUCUAAAGUAAGCAAAUGUGGUAAAGGGUGUGGGUGAUUCUGGGAUUGAUGCAGGAGGGCGACAGAAAUAAAAAGUAAAAUAUUAAAUUUUUGCUGUUAUUGACUUUGCUUUACAAUAUCAAACACUGAGCCAGAUGCACAAUAGUCAUGUACAUCACACGUAAACACAUUAAUGUAAAAAA